AUGGAUGAAGAUUUGGUGCAACAAAGUUUGACACGUUUAGCAUUGCAUGAGCUGAGGAGAUUGACAACCCAAGUUGAACGGAUGCCUUUGCAUUUGGGGGGAGAACCGGGGCAUCAUUUCAUACAUAGGAUGUUGACAGGCCAUCGUAAUUUGUGUAAAGAACAACUUCGGCUAAGUAGAGAAGUAUUUAUAAGUCUUGCUAAUAUCCUUAGAGAACAACAACUCUUAGUAGCUGGUAGAUAUAUAAGCAUUGAAGAGCAACUUGGGUUAGGUUUGUACAUGCUAGCUAAACCUGCUUCUGUUCGUGAUGCUGCUGAAAGAUUUCAACACUCAACAUCAACUAUUUCGAAGUAUUUCAAAAAGGUAUUACAAGCAUUGGAAGCAUUGUCGAGUCAAAUAAUUCGACCAUAUCAAAGUAUGUAUGAGACACCUCCUGAAAUACAAAGCAACAUCAAAUACUGGCCUUUCUUUAAGGAUUGUGUUGGUGCCAUAGAUGGUACCCUUAUACAAUCAGUUGUUGCAGAUGAUGUAGGCAGGGCUUUUAGAGAUCGUCACGGGGAGAAAACAUGGAAUGUGAUGGUUGUGUGUUCACUCAACAUGUUGGUUACUCACAUCAAUGUGGGCUACGAAGGGAGUGCACAUGAUACAACUGUAUGGAGGCGAAGCUUAGGAGAUGCCAGAAUGGGAUUCCCUCAUCCACCAUCUGGAAAAUACUAUGUAGUCGAUUCAGCGUAUCCUAAUACACUCGGGUACUUGAGUCCAUAUCUAGUACCUGGGUUGAGGUACCAUUUGCCUGACUUCAGAAGAGGGACUCCACCACAGGGAAUGUAUGAGCAAUUCAAUUACCGACAUUCUUCUUGUCGAAAUGUAAUUGAGAGGGUCUUUGCGGUUCUCAAAAAUAGGUGGAAGGUGCUAAAAUCGAUGCCGCAAAUGGACGAGGCUAAUCAGUUGAAAAUUAUUGUAGCUUGUUUUACCUUACACAAUUUUAUUCGUUUACAUGAUCUAGGGAUUCCUUUCACACACCAAAUUGAAGUCAUGGAACAAAGAGCUGAUCAUAAUAUGUACGAUGAUAACAGAAAAAUAGCUAUGGAUAGUGUGCGACAACAAAUAACUGAAGCAAUAUGGGACUCAAUGCAGAAUAAUCCCGAGUGGAGAUGA